AUGGACUUUAUCAAGAAGAUGGCCUCUGAGCAGCUCGAGAACGCUAUGAACGGCGAUAACAACAACAGCAACCAGAACCAGAACCAGAACAACAACAACCAGGGCUACAACCAGAACCAAGGCAACAACCAGAACCAGGGCUACAACCAGAACCAGAACCAAAAUCAGGGCUACGGUCAGACCGGCGGUUCUCAAUACAACAGCAACAACAAUGGCAACAGCGGUAACGGCCCCAACAUCUCCAGCGAUGACGCCGUUCACGCCGCCAACCAGCACAACUCUAACGGUUCCGAAAACUCUAGCCUCUUCUCCACCGCCCUCGGCUACCUCAACAACAUGAACCAGGACGACAAUGACGUUGACGAGGACAAGGUGCAGAAGGACCACCAGCAGGCUUAUAACGGAAACACCUCUGGUAUGACCUCUAGCUCUUUGGGCGCUGCUGCUGCUUUGCAGGCUCUCAAGUCUUUCACUUCUGGUAACAGCGAUGCUGCUUCCGGCUCCAAGGACAACUCUUCUUCCGGUGGCGGUAUGCAGACCAAGAUCAUCGGCAUGGCCAUGUCUGAAGCUGCCAAGCUCUUUGACCAGUCCGGCGGCAACGUCUCUGGUGACAAGCAGGACGCUGUCACCUCUGCCAGUCAGGUCAUCAUGAAGUUGAUGUUGAAGAACCAGGUUUCUGGUAUGAUGGGCGGUAGCAACUCGGGUGGUUUGGGCCAGUUGGCUGGUUUGGUGAGUUAA